AAGUAGCAUUUGGCUUCAAAGUGUCAAGCAGAAUCUCCAGUGACGAUGAGACCCUUCGGAUGAGCUCUAUGAGGUCCAGCCGGCAACGCAAGCCCUUUUUGUGCCGCAGAUCUUCUGACAUGAGGUGACGCGAGGUGACGUUCUCCACAGGCUCGGCGUAUGGUCGCCGAUGCCAAGAAGAGAAAGACAUUUGAAGGAGACCACUUGGAUUCGUUCGGUGCAUCUCCUGGAUGCAGAUGUUUUCUCCAGAACCACCUACAUCAGCAAGUGCGGGGCUUGGGGGAAAGCCUUGGAAGCCUUUGCGGGCUUUUCUGCUGGCAGAGUUGAACCGAGCUUUGUCACUUAUAAUGCUCUCAGUAGUGCUUUUGACAGAGGAAGUCGCUGGCAAGAGGCUGGACUUGUGAUGACGACCAUGCGUGCAGAUGGUGUGGAAGCAGAUGUGGUCACUUACAACACUGCUUUCAGUGCUCUUCAGACAUCAUCACAAUGGAGAAACGUAGGAAGCCUUCUGAGGUCCAUGGCUGCAGGUGGAACAUCUCUGGAUCGUAUCACCUUCAACUCCGCCAUCACAGCGGUGGAGCACUGGACCUGGGCCUUGUUGCUCUUGGACAUUCUCCGCAGCACGCACGUGCCGAAUGUCAUCACCUAUUCCGCGGGCCUCAGUGCUUUUCGACAGUGGCGUCAAGCCAGCUCCUUGCUCGAGCAAAUGAAGGAGGUGCUGGUGGAACCCACUGUGGUGGCCUGCGGUGCCAUGAUCAAUGCUUGCGAGAAGUGCGCUGAAUGGCGAGCGCCACUCCUUCUGAUUGAGUGGCUCCAAGAAAACCAGGUGCAGCAGAAUGUCGUUGCAAUUAGUACUGCCAUCAGUGCCUGUGAAAAGGGAAGUCGUUGGCAACUUUCCUUGGGUUUGCUUCAAAACUUGCAGAAGAGAACCCUUCAGGAAGAUCUCCCUGCACACAAUGCAGUGAUUUGCGCUUGUGCUGCUGGGAGUCUAGGGUCGCUUGGAAAAGCUUGGGAGUUGGUCCACAGCUUGCUGGAGCGUUCCUUUGUCAGGUCCUUGAGGCCAAAUACCUCCACCUACAAUUCGGUGGCGGGGGUCUAUGACUAUGGGGCUUGGGAGGAGGUGAUGCAGAUCCUAAGACAGCUGGAUAUACACUCCACUAGAGCGGAUGCGAUGACCUUCACAGCUGCAGCUGCUGCUUGCGAGAAGGUUGUGCAGUGGCGAUAUAUUCUGCACUUGCUGAAAGCCAUUGAUCCAUUUUUUGUCGACAUGAUCACACUGAAUUCCACUCUCAGGGCCUGUGCCCGUGGUGUGCAAUGGAUGCGCGUCACUUGUCAGUCUUUUUCUCAAGCCUCCUUUGAGGUUCAUGUUGGGUCUGGUGAAGCGGGUUGUUUUGCAUGUCCUAGUCGUAAAUUUCAGGCAGAACAGCUGCUCUCGGAGAUGCAGACGUUGCACCUUGUCAGCCCUGACAUCACCUCCUGCAACGCAGCCAUCACUUCCUAUGGCAAUGGUCGCCAAGCUCAUCGUGCCUUGCUAUUGUUCGAGCAGUCUUUGGAAUACAGGCUGGAACCAAGCGAGAUCACAUGUAAUGCAAUUCUUGGUGCUUGCGCCAAAGGUAGUCUUUGGGCAGAUGCCUUAGGCAUUUACGAUACGCUAACAGACUUCUUCGUGACAAGCAGUGUCAUCGCCUAUGAGUCUGUUUUCCUGGCUUGUGAACUUGGAGGUCAUCCAAAGGAGCUAUUGCUAUUGUUGGACUCCAUGCGUUUGGAGUGUGAAGCAUCUUUGGCUCAUUGAUCCAGCUCUCACCGUCGCACUGAGCUCAGCGGAGACCUCGCGGGUCUCCUCGAUGCCAGAUCAUGGGCGUCACGGGUCUCCGAAGUGCUUCGCUUGGAAUUGUUCCACCAGAAUCAUCAUGGACAAAGCCCACGACAUCAGAAGAUAUGAGUUUCUGUCGCUUCAGUUGCAGGGCAGUCUGGACUGAUUUGGUUUGAUUUGGUCUUUGGUGCAGAAAGGACACUGCAGCCUAUAUAGUGAAUGUAGUGCAGCGUGCGAGCCUAAGGC